AUGUGCUUUGGCAGCCGCAAGGACGGCGACACCGGCGUCGCCCGGUCGAGAGAGAUCGAUAAGCAGAUUCGCCAAGAUGAGAAGCGGAUGACGAGGGAAGUCAAGCUUCUUCUGCUGGGCGCUGGAGAGUCAGGAAAAUCAACGAUUCUGAAGCAGAUGAAGCUCAUCUAUACACAAGGUUUCAGCAAGAGCGAGAAGCUCGAGUGGAAACCCGUCAUCUUCAACAACAUUGUUCAGUCCUUCAAGACCAUCCAUGAUGCGAUGAAUGAGCUGAACAUCAGCUUUGAGAAGCCCGAGAGCGAGGUAAGAUUACUCUCCCAACAACCCCCGAGCAACACAAACCGCGAGUUAUCAAAUCUUCAUGGACCUCGUGCGCUUUGCCAUCCCGGGAUUCCGGGUGUCAUGCGAGCCUUCGGCGCCAGAAAUGCGGCGCAAGGUGCGAAACACGGUAAACACAUGGCGCUCGUGCUAAUUGAGCGCGAAAUCGGUCUGGAGGAGCGAAUGCCUCUUGACUAUCUCGAGCCUGUCAAGGCGCUGUGGCAGGACGCUGGUGUCAAGGCUGCCAUCGCCAAGGGCAACGAAUACGCCUUACACGACAAUCUCUCAUACUUCAUUGAGGAUGUCGAUCGAUUGUGGGCAGUCGACUACGUGCCCAACGACCAAGAUCUCCUUCGCUCGCGACUACGAACAACAGGUAUCACAGAAACGAUAUUUGACCUGGGUCAAUUGACUUACCGGAUGUUUGAUGUUGGUGGCCAGAGAUCAGAGCGAAAGAAGUGGAUUCACUGUUUCGAGAACGUCAACUGCCUACUGUUCUUGGUUGCUAUCAGCGGCUAUGAUCAGUGUCUGGUGGAAGACAAGGACGGAAACCAAAUGAACGAGGCUCUCAUGCUGUGGGAGUCGAUUGUGAACUCGCACUGGUUCACCAAGUCGGCUCUGAUUCUUUUCCUGAACAAAAUGGACCUUUUCCGAGAGAAGCUUCCCCGAAGCCCGAUUGGCGACUACGGAUUUACUGACUACGCGGGCCCGGCAUCUGAUGCUGAUUCCGCGAGUAAGUACUUCUUGGACAAGUUCAGGGCGCUGAACCGCAACCCGGAGAAGGAAAUCUACGGACACUUCACCAACGCCACGGACACCAACCUGCUGAAGAUCACCAUGGGCUCGGUGCAGGAUAUGAUCAUCCAGCGCAAUCUGAAGCAGUUAAUCCUGUAA